CAUUGCCGGGCCUGCCUGGCCGCCCUGCGCAGCGACCUUGCCUCCUCUUUCCCGGCGGAGCGGGUCAGCGGGCCUGACAGGGAGCCUUCCUGACCGAGUCCACGUCUCCCCACGGCCAGACAAGUCUCCGGCCCGGCCCACGUCGCCAGUCCCCAGGCUUGGAGGAACGGCCCGAGCCCAGGAGAACCACAUCUACGUCCCAGCCCCGGAGGCUCCUGUGGGCAAGAUCGUGAGCCAACGGGUUCCUGAGGCCCCUCCUGGCCAGGCAGGGUUUCUCCGCGCGUUUCCGAGGAGCCCUGCCUGGCCGGGCGGCUGGACAAACAGGUCGUAGCACCGAUCGCGCCCGCCCCCAGCAGGGGUCCUGCACAGGCUUGUCCCUGACCCCCACCCAAACCCGUUCUUCCGCUUUCCCCCCAAACAGUGCACUUGCCGGCGGUCCCAACCCAGCAGGAGGAGAGUGGACAUGAGGUUGGCAGGCCCUCUCCGCAUUGUGGCCCUAGUCGUCAGUGUGGGUCUCACAUGGAUCGUGGUCAGCAUCCUCCUGGGUGGGCCUGGCAGUGGCUUUCCUCGCAUCCAGCAACUCUUCACCAGUCCAGAGAGCUCGGUGACUGCAGCGCCACGGGCCAGGAAGUACAAGUGCGGCCUGCCCCAGCCAUGUCCUGAGGAGCACCUGGCCUUCCGUGUGGUCAGCGGGGCCGCCAACGUCAUUGGGCCCAAGAUCUGCCUUGAGGACAAGAUGCUGAUGAGCAGCGUCAAGGACAACGUGGGCCGUGGGCUGAACAUCGCCCUGGUGAACGAUGUCAACGACCUGUUGAAGUUUAUUCGGCCACUGCACGAAGGCACCCUGGUGUUCGUGGCAUCCUACGACGACCCAGCCACCAAGAUGAAUGAAGAGACCAGAAAGCUCUUCAGCGAGCUGGGCAGCAGGAACGCCAAGGAGCUGGCCUUCCGGGAUAGCUGGGUGUUUGUGGGGGCCAAGGGUGUGCAGAACAAGAGCCCCUUUGAGCAGCACGUGAAGAACAGUAAGCACACCAACAAGUACGAAGGCUGGCCCGAGGCACUGGAGAUGGAAGGUUGCAUCCCGCGGAGAAGCACGGCCAGCUAGCACGGCCAGCGCCAGGACCAGGCCGAGGGAGGCCAGGCCAAGGGAGGCACGCGCGCUGCCGGGUGGACGGAGGCCGAGGCCCACACCCCACGCCUGGGCAGGAGUGCUCUGUGGCCCCAACACACUGGGGCUCUGAGGCAGUGACCAGAAUGUGGUCUCAAGGUGGUGGAGGAUAUGGGGGCUGCAGGGGCUAGCUCUGUCGCACUUUGUCACGGGAGCCCAGGGUACCCGCCUCCUUUUCGUAACACUGUUCCCCCGGUCAGCCCAUCUAGCCCUGUCCUCCUGCAUUCUUCACACCAUCUCCGUCCCCAUCCCGAGUCCUGGAACAGCCCUGGGUGCCCGCCCCUCACUGUGCAACUCUGGGAGCAGACCCCGGCAGGUUGGGACAUCUUCCAGAACCUCUCCCUUCUGGAACCACCCUCUGCACUGCGGGCUAAACAUGUUUCCAGUGUGAUUCCUUCCAGUGAGCCAAACCCGGUGGCUGCUUCAUGAGC